AGGGCCAAGGCUGGCGCGGCCGGCUUCGUUCGCGUGGACCGGGACUACGUCGCGCAGGCAGCGGAGCUGGCGCGGGCGGGGGGGUGCAAACACUUUGUCCUGCAGUCCUCCCGGGGGGCAAACCAGCACAGCACCUUCCUCUACCUCCGCGUGAAGGGAGAAGUGGAGAACCUGGUGAAGGCUGUUGGUUUUGAUCGCUGCACCAUUCUCCGGCCAGCGGUGCUGCUGUGCAAACGCCAGGAGUCACGGCCCGCGGAGUGGGUGGGCCAGCAGUUUCUGGGCAUGGUGGCUCAGGUCUUCCCCACCGCUUACUCGGUGCCUGUGGAGACAGUGGCCAGGGCUAUGGUGGCCAGCGUGCUGCAGCCAGGCGAGGGGAAGGUGGAGGUGCUGGAGAACGGGACCAUCCAUGAGCUGGGAAAGGCAGCGCCUCAGAAGGGCACGUAG